AUGAAGAUCGGGACGCCACAUAUACGUGACACUGAUCAUUUCAGCACUAAUAGCAACCCUGACAAUGGCAUCGGUGCUGGUUCACCAAUCGUCAAGGUGGAGGAUUCCUCAUCUGUUAACGACUCAACACCACCUCCACCACCUUCGCAGCCCUCAUCAACAACAUCUGUCGUCCCAACUUCGACACAGUCGAAACGAGAGUCUCAGAGUCUCACAGAGGAAUGUUCUCUUAGUCAACGACAUUUCUAUCGCACACAAUGUAUCCGUCCUCGCUUCACAUAUGCCUCGCUCAUUCGGCAGGCCAUCUGUGAGUCACCGAAUAAAUGCCUUUCGUUAAGCGAAAUCUACGCUUGGUUACAGAAGGAAUUCCUCUACUUCCGUCAGAACGAAGCAACGUGGAAGAAUGCCAUUCGACAUAAUCUCUCGUUGCACAAGUGCUUUCGGCGUGUUGAAACUGCGGGUGGAUCAGUGUGGGUCUUUGACGAGCAUGAAUGUCUUCAGCGCAAGGAUGGCAAGCCACCCUUGUAA